AUGUCUGGACGCACACAUUCCACGCGUAUUUUGGUCAUUAUCGCGAUCUUCUUCAGCAGUUACAUUGUCGGCAUUUACAGUGCGGCACGUGCCAGCAGUCAACUGAUCCAUCUGGCGGCAUCUUCCCACAACGACAGUCGCGUUCCGAACAAUACUCUGGAUGAGCUCGACCAUGAGUCGGGACUGGCACGUAGUGGCUCCAGAAAUCCUCGCUGGUUUCCCUUCUACACAAUCGGUCGUUUCUCCAAUGACAUUUGCCGUGGCAACAAUCUCCUCAUAGGAACGUGUCAAAUUAACGGGGAAUGCAAGGACAACAAUGGCGUUGCUGCGGGAAGUUGUUCCAGCAUCACAAACCAGGCCGUUUGCUGCAUUUAUCAGCGCACUUGUGGGGCAAGUACGUCUAACAACAAUACGUAUUUCUAUAACAACAACUAUCCGGCCCCUUAUGCCGGUGGCGGGCGAUGCUCGAUUGUGAUAACUCCGCCGGAUUCUUCGAUUUGUCAGCUGCGCAUUGACUUCUUGGCCAUGUCACUGGCGCCGCCAACAGGCGAUGGACUCUGCAGCACUGAUGCUUUGACAAUAACCGGCGGCGCCUCCGCGGUACCGACCAUUUGUGGCGAGAACGCCGGUCAGCAUGUCUACGUGGACUUUAAUGGCGUCAGUCCCAUUACCAUAUCGGUAGCCACAUCCGCCGGAUACACGUUCAAUCGCCAGUGGCAGUUCCAGAUCCGAAUGAUCGGCUGUGUCUCUGCGACACUAGCUCCCGCUGGCUGUCUACAGUAUCAUAUGGAUACGAGUGGAACAAUUGCGAGCUUCAACUAUGGGUCAGCUGCCUCCUCGGCGCUCAACUCGAUUGGUGUGCCGGGCACACGGCAAUUGGCGAGCAUGCGCUAUGGGAUUUGCAUACGCAAGGCCACCGGCAUGUGCUCCAUCACAUACGGUCAGGUCAGCUCGGAUGCGUAUUCAUUUACGAUGACAAAUGACGUGGGUGCGGUGGAUCCCACACUGCUGGCCACGGCGGCGGUGCAGAGUCAGGACUGCACCACAGAUUACAUCGUCAUACCAGCUCCCACUCAGGGUGGCGUCAGCAUGCCCAGCGACAGGUUCUGCGGAUUGGGCCUGGUUUCCACGACAAGUGCUGCGAAACCUUUUGUGGUCUACUCCGUAACGGAUGCCAAUGAGGAAAUGGAUAUAUCGAAUCGAGGCUUCUACUUGUCCUACUCCCAGAAUGCAUGUCCGGUGUUAUAGAUAAACAAUGAUCUUAUAAACAAAACUGUAAUUAUGUUAUGUACUAAGAAUAAUAACAAUAAAAGACUUA